UGUUUUUUUUUAGGUUUCUUUAAAAACAUUUGAAUUUAUGAACAUCCUAAAGAUAAUUAUAGUAAACUUUCUUAUAAAAAGUUCAUCUUCUGACACCAGAUACCGCGUGUGUUCUAAAUAACAUAACAAAAUAAACAAUACAAUGGAUGAAGCCGAAACAGUAACAAUUAUAUGCUCCUGCAUUCCUGGUUUUGAGACUGUGGUACUGGCUGAGUGCAAGGAGAAACUAGGCAUCCAAGCGUCUAAAGACAUCCGCGGUAGAAUAAAACUUGAUAUUUCUAUGGCAGACAUUUUAAAACUCCUAAAUCUUCGUUCGGUUCACCAUUACUAUGUUGUGGUAGAACAUAUUGAUGAGUUUUUAAACGGUUCUGAAACACAAGAAGAAUUGGUUUCUAAAUUUGCAGCUUUAUCUGGCAAUGUGAAUUGGGAAAAGGCUUUAAAAACUUGGAAGAUAUUCAAAGUGCAUAGGCAAGCGAAAUGUAAAGGUAAUGACAAAGAACAAAAUGCCAAUGGCGAACGCAAAAAACCGAAGUUUGAUACAGAUGAAAAUGUCGCUGACAAAAAUUAUGCGGAGAUUGAUCCAAUAGCAGCCAAGGAAAUGUUAAGUUUCCGUGUUACGGCCACACGAACUGGCACUCAUCAGUUUACUUCCAUGGAGGCGGCAACGCACAUUGGGGGAGGUAUUAACGACUUAUUGUUGUGGAAAGUUGAUUUGAAGCACUUUGACAUUGAGGUUGUGUCAAAUAUUCUGGACAAUUCAAUAACACUUGGAGUUCAGUUGACAAAAGAUAGUCAAUCGUUGCGAAAUAUUACUCACUUUGGACCAACUACUUUGAAAGCUAACAUAUCUUAUUGUCUUCUACAGUUGGCUGGUAUUCAAAAUGGUGAUAUUGUUUGCGAUCCUAUGUGCGGCGGAGGCUCGAUUAGUAUCGAAGGCUCGAUAAGCAGCGCGGCUUCAUUCCACGUGGCUGGCGAUAACCACGAGGUCGCUGUACAAUAUGCCCAGGACAAUUUCGAAGCAGUUUGUGGUGGACAGAAAGACCUGGCAUUGACAAACUUCACGUUACCUUUCUCCGUUCUACGUUGGGACGUGUAUCAGUUACCAUUGCGAACAGGGUGUGUCGACCGUAUCGUGACAGACUUGCCAUUUGGUAAAAAGAUUGGAAGUAAGGAACGGAACGUGUUCUUGUAUCCGAAUGCUUUGAGAGAAAUGGCGAGAAUAUGUCGACCUUCAGGAAAAGCUGUUUUGCUGACGCAGCAUAGACAAGCCAUGGGGAGGGCGUUAGGGCGUACUUCUUGGUGGAAGGUGCAAGAGAAACGAAUGAUAAAUAUGGGAGGAAUGAAUGUCACUGUUUAUGUUUUAGGGAGGACUGCAGAUAAAUACGUUGCUCAUGAUUCUACUAAAUAGUGAACAGUUAUUCGUUCAUAGUUUUACCAGUACAUAUUUCGUAUUACGCCUCUUAUUUAUAAAUAUGCCAUGCAUUUAAAGUCGCACCAGUCUUGUAGUAACGACUGUACGCCAUUAAAAUGGGCGUUAACUUCGUUACAAAUAUAUUUUCUUAACUUUCUAAUUUCCUGUCUUGGCAGAUGGAAACGUCAAUAAUUAUUCAAGUGGACGCAAUCGAUCAUACGCAAAAGUACGUUUGCCAAUUAAGAUAAGUUACGAUAUGAUGACAAAUAUAUUCUGAAUAUCUUAAAAAAGACUGGAUACUAAAGUUGCAUUCACACAUGACUUCACAGCGUCUAAUUAAAGCGCAUGAGUAACAAAGUCGCUUUGAUUGAAUGAGUCUUACUUAGAAACGAAUACGUCUAUUUGGUAACAGCUGAGAAAGUCUCUUUAAGGUAAAUCUUCUCCCUUUUUGCACGUCAAUACGUCUUUCUUGUGCAUUUUGUGGUUGCAGUGUUUAUCAUCUAUGGUUGAGUAAAUGUGUUUUUAUGGAGAAUUUAUAAUUUUUUUAUCGUACGACUUGUAUAAUAAAUUACGAAAAUGUGAUUUUACCAUGACGCA